AUUUCUUGCAGUUUGAAAUGUUUGUCAAUUGAAACGGACUCAUCGGGAACAGAAUCGAUGUGUUUGCUGUUUCACUGAACGAGAAAAUUGAUCUGACUGGAACUACUUCGGUCGCUACAGCGUCUGUAUAUGCUAACGGUUCAAUAUUGAAUCACAAAGCCUAAUAUAAUAAACUUGUACGUAAGGAAGAAUGCAGGUAUCUUUGUAAAACAAACGCAAAAUGGUCUUGGAUUCGGAUAAUUGCAAAGACGAAUUGGUCUCUAAAGACGAGCGGAAAUGGCAUUACUUUAUCCUUACGAGCGUGACAAUAUUUUUUGGCGGACUUUUCUUCAUCCUAUGUGGAAAACUUCUUGUCAAACUUUGCGAGCGAAAUCGUUCCAAAACAGCGACUGUUACUCCUCCAAAUAGUGCGAAAUCUAGAAAAUCAGCGACCAAACGACCUCCGAGUAACAACGAUGAGGACGAAGGCGGACUAUAUAUUGCUAUUAAGGAGGGCGCUGGAUCGCUUAUCAACGCCAAGACUUUGAAAGGCAAAGUCAUGGCAAUCUUAUCGUUUCUGUUUAGUAUGACAUACAUCGCUUUAUAUUAUGUCGAGUCGCAAUAUCCAGUUGAACACUGCUUGAAGUUGGGAGACCAAAAACUGUGGAUUUUUGAAAUUGCACUCAACACAUUUUUCAUAUUUCAUUUUAUAGUCAGGUUUUUGGCCGCAAAUGACAAGCUUUUAUUUUGGUUUGAGUUGACGUCAAUUAUCGACUUUUUCACCGUACCUCAAGUUUUCGUAUCAAUCGUCGUUGAACAGACUUGGCUUGGUAUGAGGUUCCUGAGGGCUCUUCAGCUUUUAAGACUUUCGGAAGUUUUACAAAUUCUGGGAAUUUUACACAGCGCCGGAAGUAUUGAAAUGGCAAGUGUUAUUGGAAAUUUUGUUGGCCUCUGGGUAACCUCAGCUGGAAUGGUCCAUAUGCUCGAGAAUACAGGUGAUCCAUUCGGAGAUCAUGAGUACGAAGGACAACAUUUAAAUCCAUUUGAUUGCUUAUAUUUUCUCUUGGUAACCAUGUCGACCGUUGGUUAUGGCGAUAUUUACUGCCAUACUUAUCUCGGAAAAAUUUUUAUCUGCAUAUUCAUUUGUGUUGGUCUUGUCAUGUUUACCUCCGCGAUUCCAGUUAUCGGGGCGUUCCUCGCGUCGCAAUCAAAAUACAACAGUUCUUUCAAAACUACUGAAGGUGUAAACCAUGUUGUUGUCUGCGGACAUAUAACUAAAGAUACUGUUGAAACCUUUCUACGUGAAUUUUUACAUCCUGAUCGAGAUGACGUUAAUGAACAUGUUGUCUUUCUUUAUCCCUCGUUUCCCUCAAGCGAGCUAGAAGCUGUCCUGAAGCGUAACGAAGUGAAUGUAUCGUAUUUCAAAGGAACUGUUCUGGAUGGUGGAGAUUGUGAGAGAGUUCAGAUGAGGGAAGCAACAGCUGUCUUGAUUUUGGCGAACCGCCAUUGCUCAAAUCCUGAUGCGGAAGACGCCGCAAAUAUAAUGAGGGUUAUUUCAAUAAAGAAUUUCUCAUCAAAAAUACGAGUCGUUAUUCAGCUCCUACAGUAUCACAAUAAGAUGCAUUUGUUCAACAUUCGCUCUUGGGACAUGGACAAUGGUGAUGAUAUGGUGUGCGUUAGUGAGCUCAAACUUGGAUUCAUAGCGCAGAGCUGUCUUUCACAAGGUUUUUCUACGCUCUUAGCGAACAUUUUCGCCAUGAGAAGCGAGCCUUCAGAAGACGAGCAGGUUGUGACAUGGAAGGGAAACUAUCUUCUUGGUGCCUCGAAGGAAAUGUAUACAGAGACACUAUCGCCAGCUUUUGUUGGUAUGGACUUCCACGAGUUCGUUCUAUUUUGCUUUGAGAAGCUUGGUCUCACCUUACUUGCGAUUCAGUUAAGAGCAAAAGAUGGAACCCUACGUUACGUUCUCAAUCCGUGCGAUGAGAACGCAAGAGUUGUUCAAGGCAGUAAGGGCUGUUUCAUAGCGGACUCAGCCAUUGAAGUAAAAAGGGUGUUUUUGUAUUGUAAUAAUUGUCACAAAAACGUCAACUCUCCUGAACAAAUCGAAGAAUGCAAAUGCUCGGACAAAGGCAGUUGCAAGACCGUCGUUCCUCCAGCUAUUGUCAACAUGGACGAGAACGACACGUGUAUUGAGUUAUACACGCCAAAUAAAAAGAAACCAACGAUGAAAAAAGCUGCGUCGAAACUUCAAGAUCUAAUGGGAAAUGGAAAGCUUAGCAUGUUUGAUUCAACUGGGACUUACUACUGGUGUGAAAAGGUCGAUUUUGAGACAGCCACUGUGGAUCGCACUAAAGCGGAACAGAUUGUAUUCAACAAUCAUAUAGUUGUUUGCGUAUUUGCUGAAAGUGAUGGCCCGCUUAUAGGGCUUCGGACAUUCUGCAUCCCGUUGCGGGCAAGUAACCUGCAACCAGGCGAGCUCAAGAAAAUCGUAUUUGUUGGCGACGGCGUUUAUCUGAGAAGGGAGUGGGAACAACUGUGUAACUUCCCUGAAAUUAAUAUUUUGCCGGGUUCGCCAUUCAACCGAGCAGACCUCAAUGCUGUGAACGCUAAUUUAGCUGCCAUGGUCGUCGUGCUCUCCCCAAUAGUUCGAGCUGCAGAUUCAGCAAAUGACGAUCAGGCAUUGGCUGAUAAGGAGCCAAUCAUGGCCAGUCUCAAUUUAAAAGCUAUGCCGUUUGAUGACGUUGCCACAGUGUUACAGAGAGAAAUGGUCGCUCAUUUGACAACGGAUGACGACAGUACUACACCAGUUUCCCAACCGAACAGAAUUCUCUCUGUGUCGAAACUAGAGGAGAUCAGUGCUGUUCUACCGAUGAUAACCGAACUCGUAUUUGACAACAACGUUCAGUAUCUAGAUGAUGAAGAUGAGGAUGAAGACGGAAUUGGUUUUUAUGAAACACAGCCUUUUGCUUGUGGUCAUGCUUUCACUGUCUCUGUUCUUGACUCGUUAAUGACAGCCACCUACUUCAACUCGGACGUAUUAAACCUGGUGCGAGCUUUGGUCACUGGAGGUGUCAGCGCUGAACUGGAGGCUCAAUUCGCUGAAGGCCGUGAAAUCCGUGGAGUAGCGGAAACUCCAGACAUCGCUUUAUAUAGACAGAGAGCGAAACUUGUACAAGUCCCAAUUUAUGAAGGACCUUUUAAACAAUUUGGGGAUGGUCGAUCAUUCGGUCAGCUUUUUACUCAUGCUAUUAAAGAGUUCCACAUGGUGUGUAUUGGAGUCUAUCGUUUGAUUGGCGGCGCAUCUUCACGACGCUACGUCAUUACAUCACCAGAGGCUGAAUUUACUCUGAACCAAACCGACCUUAUAUUUGGAUUGGCCCAGAGCGACUUCGAAGUCUUACCAGAACAAUAAGACAGCCUAGGGAGUGAAAACAUCAGCAAUCUCUUUUUUGUGAAGUUCUCGAAUCUUGCUUACUCGAUAUGAUACUCCUAGGAUUCUGGACUAACGGUCUGUCGUAUGUACACGAAGUUGUUUCAAAUGCUCUAUCAAAUCUGCCCACAGCUUUUGUUGUAGAUAAUUACGCCCAUCCAAUCACCAAACAUCCACAAUUCACCAAACAUUCACAAGUCGCCAAACAUUCACAAGUCACCAGGCACCAGGAAAAGAAUCACCGCUAAAUUUAUUGCAGAGUGCAUUGCUGCACAAGUAAUUCUUUGUUUUUCUUUGACGAGACGAACUAAAUGUUGAGAAGUUUAGGCAUGUAUCGCACACACCAAGGGAAUGUCGCUAAAUGCACCGAUAUGAAGCGAAUAAAGAAUUCGGAAUAAUUCCUAGAUCAUCUGGUCAAACUAGUAUAAAUUAUGAUCUGACUAAAAAUUAUAUUAUCGUAAAGAUUUGUACAUAUUAAUUAUUGUGUAAUAUUAAUGUCUGUUUCUACUUAUAUGUAUAUAUUGUAAUUUUUCAAAAUUUGAAUAUUUUACACUUUUCGUACCGUAA